CUUUUUUUUAUUAACAAAGGGUUUGUCGGCGAAAAAGACAAAAACAAAACACAGGGUUUUGGAAAAACCCUUCUCUUCUUCGUCCUUUGUCCUCGCGUUUCUCUAUCUUCAAAAAAAUGUCUUUCUUUGGGCAAGGCAAAAAACGAGGUUUCGGCGCAAGCGACGACGACAUGGGUAUCAUCACCAGACUCUCCCACGCCGUAUCAGACUCCCCAAUAACCAACGCCACGAAGAGAGCCGCCAACGACGCCGCGUACGUCACUAAGAAGCUAUUGAAUAGCACGGGAAAAGCUGCGUGGUUUGCAGGGACAACGUUCCUGAUCCUUGUGGUACCACUUAUCAUCGAGAUGGAUCGUGAACAGCAAUUGAAUGAGUUGGAAUUGCAGCAGCAAAAUCUCCUUGGCUCACCCCCUGCCAAGUAAUACAGAAAAAUCGCUUCUACGCUUUAAUUUGCGAGUUAUUUUAGAAUUUUCAGUGUUCUGUUUAUUGCUUAAUGGUAAUGCUUCAUUGGAUUUUCUUUUUUUUUUUUUUGAUUAAAUUAAAUUUGAAAAUUAUGAAAUUUUAUUG